AUGGCUCCUACAAGCCCUAGUUCCAGGCCUCACUUCCUCCGCGCCUUGUCCUCCUCCUCCUCCUCCGCGAAGCCCACAAAGGACAAACCGCGACUGUACGUUGCACUUUAUCCGCGCGGAGACUCUUCAACGGCUUCUACCUUCCGCAACGUCUCCAGCUGUGACUCGUACCACUGGACCCUCGUAGUUGGGCCCCAGACGGCCUGCCGAACAGACGCGGGGACGCGGUACCAUGUGGCCCACCUCGACGAGCAGUCGGACAGGUAUCUCUAUGAGGAGCAAGACAUCCCGUUGAGUACAGGUGCGCAGAGAUGCUUAGUCCGUGUGGCUGUCUGCAAAGUCUCGGAUGAAGAGCGCCUCCGGUCGAUACUGCGGGACAUGCCUAUCCGCGGCGACGACUCGGCGUUCAAUUGCCUUUCAUGGGUGCGCGAGGCAUUUCGCAGACUCCACGACGACGGCAAGGCAGUGAAGACUUAUCUGAAGUCGGACGACUGGGACCAUGUGGAAAAGUGCGCCAGGAAAUAUUGCAAGCGGAAAAGAGAUGCAGGCAGAUUCCAGGAGGGUGCUGCGGUCAACAACAAUGGGGUAGCGCCGCCCUGGGAUGUGAAACAGAUCAGCACCUUCAACUACUGGGAGAACCGCGAGACUACAAGUUAG